AUGGCUGACUUCUCUGAAUUCACUGGUCCGAGCGCCGACUGGCUUGCUCUUGAACCCAACCUGCCUGCCAUCCCUAAUGUCGGGAUCGAGGAGUUGAAGCAGAUCGUCAACAAGAAUCGCGAAGAGCUCUCCGCCAAGGGCAUCGCCGACCGAGGCUUGAAUGACAAGGUCUCGACAAAUGAUUUUAGCAUCACUGUUCGUGAUGGAUUCGUUCUGGAUGCUCGCUCCUAUCACCCGGCCCAUAUCCCCAUAUCGCACCCGCUUCCUGUCUACAUCCAUCUCCACGGUGGCGGUUAUCUUUUCGGCACGCUUGAUUCCGAGGACGCCAUCUGCUCGCGCAUUGUCGCCGAUCUACUCGAGAAGAACUUCCCAAUCGUCGUGUUUAACGUCAACUACCGCCAUACCCCCGAAUAUAAAUACCCAACCGCUUGGAACGAUGUCGAAGAUGCCUUCGUUUGGCUCCAUGAGCACAUCGCCGAAGUUGGUGGUCGCGGUGGUGAAGUGGUCGUCGGGGGUAUCUCAGCUGGAGCACAGAUGACGGCAGCGCUGGCUCUUUCUCAGCUCCGUAACGAGAAUCCCGAUGUGUCUGCAUGCCCAAAGAUCGCGGGGCAAGUCUUGAUGAUCCCUUGUCUCGUGCAGUUGGACAACUAUGCCCCACGACAAGAGAAGUUGCGUAGUCCGGAACUGUCCAGUCUUGUGCAAUGUGCCGAAGCACCUAUUCUGCCCAUCAGCAGAAUCAAACUGUUCAUGUCACUCCUUGGAGUCGAUCAAAUUAAGUACAAUGGUCGCGAUCACAGACUGAACCCAGGGAACGCGAGCGCUGAGGAGGUGAAAGAUCUCCCUCCUACAACCUUUGGUCUUGCAGGCAAUGACCCGCUUCGCGACGAGGGAUUCUUCUACGCGCAGCUACUCAACGAGAACAAGGUGCCUACAAAUGUCAAUGUCUUCCGCGGCGUGCCGCACGGAUUCCGUCGGUACGGGGAUAGACUGUCAGCCAGUAAGAGGUGGGAUGAAGUGAUGAGUGAUGGAAUCUCCUGGGCUCUUUCGCAUCCCGCUCACGACUCCUUUGAGAUAAAGUCGGAUUAA